AAAAACAACGUACCUCCCACGCAGCGCACAGUACAACACUCACUGCACACUCGCCCCUUCCCGAAGAACACCAAAACCUAAUAUUCUCUGCGAUAUUAAUUUCGCAUUUAGCGACACAGAUUCCCCCAAAUUCUUCAAAUAGAGAGAGAAAAAUCGAGUGUUUAUGCUGCUACGAAGAAGGAGAUGGAAAAAGGAGGAUUUCUCGGCGACGAUUCAUCUUCUUCCGCAUCUUACAGUAACAGUGGAAGCAGCAGCUCAGCCAGCAACAGAGAUGCCUAUCUCAAGCAUGUAAGCAGAAAUUCCCACAAAAUUGCUAAACCUAUUCGGAAACCCCUCCCUCCGCCACCCGCGGCGGCGCUACCACCGCCCUCCGUCUCCGCAGUUUCGAUUCUGGACCCUAAUUCGACCCAAUCGCAGCAGCCGCCGGUCUACAACAUCAACAAAAACGAUUUCCGCGACGUCGUUCAGAAGCUCACCGGCUCGCCGGCGCACGAGCGGUUACCGGCGCCGGCUGCGCCGCCGCAGCCCAGGCCGCCGAGCUCGCGCCUGCAGAGGAUUCGCCCCCCUCCCCUCGCUCAAAUCGUCAAUCGCCCCCAAAUUAGCGGCGUCCAGCAGCCGUUGACGCCUCUGCCGCCGCUUCCGUCCGUUCACCCGGCGGCGGAGUCGCCGAUUUCCGCCUACAUGCGGUUUUUCCAGAGCUCGGCUUCAGCUUCUUCGUCUAAUUGGCCUUCUGCUCAUCGGCCUGAAUCCCUAAUUCCCCAAUCCGAGUCGCCGGUCUCUGCAUACAUGCGUUUUCUGCAGAGCUCAUACAUUUCCUCUACCGCUCCGCCGCAGCAAUCGGCGAUUCCACCACCACAGCAACCGAAUUUCGCGGCGUCUUUUGCUUCCAUGCCUCCGUUUCCUUCGCUGCCUUUGUCGCCGCUGCCAUUUGGGUGCAUUCCUUCGCCGAAGUCUCCAUACGGAACCCUGUUUUCGCCGACUGCCCAAUUGGGAUUGCAGCAGCUGCCAUUGUCACCGACUCUGCCCCUUUCCAAGGGGAUGUGAGAGGAUUCUCUAAAUGUAACAAAAAAGAUUGGCAAUAGCUGCCCCAAAGGGGAGCUCUGGCUUGCACCUUUUCGCAUAAGAGUGGUGAUGUAAAUUAGAUUAUGGAGUAUGAGAAGUGGCUUGGUACCGGUCGGUUGAGGAGGCUGUGGGAUGGGUAAUUGUUGCAAAGCAAAGGGGGGCUCAACUCAUCAGGCCCAUGCUAUUUGCUAGGAAACUCAUGUAAAUGCAGAAUCUGCAAUGGCCUAUGUAGUAGUGUGAGAAAUCUGUAUAUACAAAUAUCUUUGUUUUAGAUAGUCAGAUGGAACAAAUGUGUAUGAAAUCUGAUUGCGUUACUAGUUUAAACUUUAGUUUCGCCUCUGUUUUGUUUA